AAAGAUAGGAUACAAAGAACAUUCUGCUUACGCUUUAAAGUAGACAAUGGAACCUCAAAUUACUUAAAUCAAAGGAAAAGAAGUCCUACCAGGAUACUGUAAGUCACUGACUGUGCUGCUCCUCAGCAAUUGAUUUCUAAGCUUCUAUAUAUUCAAAGUUGUUUAUUUUUGUGUGUGAUUCUUCUCCUUCAACAGGAAAUUCAAGUACCCGGGAGGUUUUACUGUAGAUUAGGCAAUUGAACCUAAUAAACUCCCCUUUGUUUGAAAAAGCAAACUCCAAACCUAUUUAAAACAACAUUAACCAUAAUGUUAUGCAUUACAUUAAUAGUACAAUUACGUAAGAUGUUGUUGCUGACAGCAUUUUUUUCAUAAGGCCAAUGUCUUCAAAGAGCGUGAAAAAAGUAAUUCACAUUUGUGUAUGCACACAAAGUCAUAGUGGACACACCUCUCUUUGCUUUUGAGAGCUUUCGCGGCGGUGGCUGGUUGACAUUUCUGAGGAUUUUACAAUAGGGAAAUAAAACAGGCUUGACAGUAUGUACUGCAAUAAGGAUUUGCUUAACUAUCUCAGCUUUGGCAUGGUCUUGGCAGGACUAUGGCACCUCUACCACCACAAGAAAAUCCAAACCUGCUAUGGUCGCCACAUGGAACACACGCCUCACACCAGGUUGGUGCCAGCCAGUCUGGCUUGGUUCCUUCAGGAGUUACCAGCUAUUGUGAUCCCAAUACUUCUGAUGCUCAUUCCGCAUAAACCCAACAAUGUGGGAAAGAUGCUUCUACUUGGAACCUUUUGCCUACACUAUUUUCACAGGACAUUCAUCUAUUCACUUCUGAUCAGAGGACGAUCUUACCCAUUGAAUGUGAUGAUGGGAGCAAUGAUGUUUACAUCUGCAAAUGGGUUCUUGCAGGGACAUUACCUAUUGCAUUGUGCACAGCUGGACGAGUGGAAAACCGACUGUCGUCUUAAAAUUGGUUUAUUAUUUUUUUACACUGGAAUGGCAAUCAAUUUGCACAGUGAUUAUUGUCUACGUAACUUAAGGAAAAAUGGGGAAGUGAUUUACAAGGUCCCCAAAGGAGGCCUUUUCAAAUAUGUAUCUGCUCCAAAUUACUUUGGAGAGCUUAUGGAGUGGUUUGGCUACGCUAUAGCCACAUGGGGCCUUCCAUCGCUCUCGUUUGCUGUAUUUACGACAUGCUUCAUUGGUCCAAGAGCUAUUUACCAUCACAGGUUUUACAAGGGUAAAUUCAAGGACUACCCCAAGUCACGAAAGGCUCUCAUUCCAUAUUUACUUUGAGAAAUUGUGAUAAUGGAGAAAGGGCUGCAGAAUUUGCUACUUUUAUUUUGUUCAUGUUUAAAAGCUGGUUUACUGGUUAAAAGCGUAUUGCUGACAGUAAGAGCUAAAUACAUUUACAGUCUGUCACUUGGAAAGAUCUAAACCAUACUGUAACUUUUAAGUCAAUUUCCCUUGUAGGAUAGAUACGCCUUGCCUCACAGGUAUUUUUGGAUAAAACAUUCACUUUUGAUGCUUCAAAAGGUUCUGGCUUGAAAAUGAUUAGCGAUAAAGGCAUACUGUAAGUGUU